AGUCCCAAGAUGGGAAUUACAAAUCGGAUGUGAGCAGCAAGCCAAGGAAGGAGCGGACGGCGUUCACCAAAGAGCAGAUUCGAGAACUGGAGGCAGAAUUCGCCCAUCACAACUAUUUGACCAGACUGAGGCGGUACGAAAUCGCCGUAAACCUGGAUCUCACGGAAAGGCAGGUAAAAGUGUGGUUUCAGAACAGACGGAUGAAGUGGAAGAGAGUUAAAGGAGGCCAACAGGGGGCGGUAGCGAGAGAAAAAGAGCUUGUGAAUGUGAAGAAGGGAACGCUGCUUCCCUCCGAGUUUUCGGGAAUUCCUGGACUCCACCAUACACCAGACUCGCUUAUCAACAAUGAGGACAGCCACGACAGCGACCAGAGCUCUGAGCACACUCACUUAUGAUACAAACAGAUCCCAUUCGCCUUUCGAUGCUUAUCUAGGGUCAUGUUCAGUUAGGGAUUAUGUUAAGUACGGACUGAAAGUACAGACUGAAAGUACACAAAGACCAUAUGUGCCAAUGAGGAGGCACCGUAACACGACGCCUAUCAGGACAGUUCCUGUGACGCCUCAAGAGUAGUGACAAUGUAAAAAUGUACACAGGACUGAUGUAUUGUUAUGCAUUUGGAUGAUACAGAAUAUUUGUGAUACCCUGGCAUCAAUUUUCACACAAAAAUGUGCCUUGCUUGUUUGACAGAAUUUGUUAACACGUUUGAAAUGUGCUAUAAGUCAUUUUAAAAUCCUGCCUGUCAGCAAAGCCGACUAGCAUCCCAGAUUUGUUGCUGUUUACAGAGCCUAGGGACUUCUGUCAGGUCUCAUGGAUAUUUUCUGCAUGCUAUUUCAUAAAAUAAUCACUUACAGCACCUUUAAAGUACCCUUCUACUGCUCUUUACUUGAAAGAC